CGCCCCCAUGGUGGGGACCGGAAAUGCUUGGUCCGGCCCGGAAGUAGUGCUGACUUCUUACACGUGAGAGACGGCAUGGCGGCUCACCGCUCCGGCCCGCUCAAGCAGCAGAAUAAAGCACAUAAGGGGGGCCGGCAUCGGGGUCGGGGAUCCGCGCAGCGAGACGGCAAGGGCCGUCUAGCAGUGAAAACUUUAAGCAAGAAGGUGAGAAAAGAGCUCAGCCUAGUAGACCGGAGGCAUCGUGCCAGGCAGCUCCGGAAACAGAAGAAAGACGCGGUUUUGGCAGAGAAGAGACAACUGGGCAGCAAAGAUGGCCCUCCCCAUCAUGUACUGGUGGUGCCCCUGCACAACAGGAUUUCCCUGCCAGAAGCCUUUCGUCUGCUUCAGGAUGGGGACAUUGGAACAGUACACCAGACUGAGUGGGGAGGCACUCACAGUUUUAUGCUGCUAUGCCCACAGAUGAAACAUCGCUGGUUUUUUACAUCUGCAAAGCCAGGGGAUCUGCACACUGUAUUAGACAUGGCUAAAGUGGCUGAUACCAUCCUGUUCCUCCUUGAUUCACUAGAAGGCUGGGACAGCACUGGAGAUUACUGCCUUUCCUGCCUCUUUGCUCAAGGACUUCCCACCUAUACACUAGCUGUCCAGGGAGUUUCUGACCUUCCACUGAAGAAACAAAUAGAUGCCAGAAAGAAGCUGAGUAAAGCAGUGGAGAAGCGCUUUCCUAAUGACAAACUCCUCCUGUUAGACACACAACAGGAGGCAGGGAUGCUACUCAGGCAGUUGGCUAACCAAAAGCAACGGCAUCUUGCCUUCCGAGAUCGGCGGGCCUACCUCUUUGCCCAUGCUGCUGACUUUGUACCUAGCGAGGAGAAUAACUUGGUUGGCACUUUGAAAGUCUCAGGUUAUGUUCGUGGGCAAACUCUAAAUGUAAAUAGCUUGCUGCACAUCAUUGGACAUGGUGAUUUCCAGAUGAAACAGAUAGAUGCCCCCAUGGACCCUUUUCCUUUAAAUCCUAGAGCGAUUAAAUCCCAAAAGGACCCAGGCAUGGCAAUGGAGAUCUGUGCUGCAAAUGCUGUCGUUGAUAUGGAGGAAGACCUUAAGGUCCUAAUGAAAGCAGACCCUGAUAGGCAGGAAUCUUUGCAAUCAGAGGCUAUUCCAGAUCCAAUGGAGGGGGAACAGACCUGGCCCACUGAGGAGGAGCUGAGUGAGGCAAAUGACUUAUUGAAGGCAAGUUCUAAGAUGGUAAAGAAGGUCCCCAAAGGAACAUCCAGUUACCAGGCUGAGUGGAUUUUGGAUGAGGAUGGUGACAGUGGUGGCGAAGAAGAUGAAUACAAUGAUACAGAGCCGGAGGAUUUUAUGGAAGAGGAAUCACAGAACGAAAGGAGUGAAGAAGAGGAGGAGGAAUGUGAAACUGUGACUAUAGGAGAGUCUGUGCGUGAUGAUCUGUAUGACGAGAAAGUGGAUGAAGAGGCUGAGGAAAAAAUGUUCGAGAAAUAUAAACAAGAAAGACUAGAAGAGAUGUUUCCAGAUGAAGUUGACACCCCCCGCGAUGUGGCUGCUAGAAUUCGAUUUCAGAAAUACAGAGGCCUUAAGAGCUUCCGAACAUCUCCAUGGGAUCCUAAGGAAAACCUUCCUCAAGAUUAUGCCCGGAUCUUUCAGUUUCAGAACUUUACUAAUACUAGAAAACGCAUCUUUAAAGAGACUGAGGAAAAAGAGGUUGAAGGAGCUGAGGUUGGCUGGUAUGUCACACUUCAUGUCUCUGAAGUCCCUAUAUCAGUGGUUGAGUACUUCAGGCAAGGAGCACCCUUGGUUGCAUUUUCUUUACUACCUCAUGAACAGAAGAUGUCAGUUUUGAAUAUGGUGGUGAGCCGGCACCCUGGAAACACUGAACCUGUGAAAGCCAAAGAGGAGCUGAUCUUCCACUGUGGGUUCAGGCGCUUCCGAGCCUCACCAUUAUUCUCUCAGCACACUACAGCCGAUAAGCAUAAAUUUCAGAGAUUCCUGACUGCUGAUGUGGCCCUCGUGGUGACAGUGUAUGGCCCAAUCACCUUUCCUCCUGCAUCUGUGCUGCUUUUCAAACAGAACAGAAAUGGAAUGCAUAGCCUCAUUGCUACAGGCCAUCUGUUGUCAGUGAAUCCAGACAGAAUGGUCAUCAAGAGGGUUGUUUUGAGUGGUCAUCCUUUCAAAAUUUUUACUAAAAUGGCAGUGGUGCGUUAUAUGUUCUUCAACAGAGAGGAUGUGCUGUGGUUUAAACCAGUGGAACUGAGAACAAAGUGGGGCCGCAGGGGACACAUCAAGGAGCCUUUAGGUACCCAUGGCCACAUGAAAUGCACUUUCGAUGGGAAGCUCAAAUCUCAGGACACAGUAUUGAUGAACCUCUAUAAACGAGUUUUCCCAAAAUGGACUUAUGAUCCAUACAUACCAGAACCAGUACCUUGGGUGAAAAGUGAAAUUUCUUCAGUAAUGCCAGAGGUGGACAUGGAGUAG